UUUGCUUUGUGAUGUUGCGUUCGUGUUUUACGUGAAAGAAAUUAAUAAAAAUCGCAGUUAGUGAUAAUAUAAUGUGUGACAAUGGCCUCGGUAAAAGUGGCUGUAAGGGUCCGCCCAUUCAAUCAAAGAGAGAAGGAUAUGAACGCAAAGUUGAUUGUCCAAAUGGAAGCAAAGAAGACGAGACUGCUCACCGUAAAAAAUAGCAAGGAACAAAACGAUGGCAGUCGGGAGAAAUACAAGGACUUCACUUUCGACCACUCCUACUGGUCCUACGACAGCGCCGACGCGCAGUACGCCUCGCAGGAGCAGGUGUUUGCAGACCUAGGUCUGGAUGUGAUAGACAGCGCGUUCGAGGGCUACAAUGCGUGCGUUUUCGCGUAUGGACAGACCGGCAGCGGGAAAACAUUCACCAUGAUGGGAUCGCCGGAUUCCCAAGGCCUAAUACCUCGGAUAUGUCGCCAACUAUUCUCCAGAGUAGCGGCCGGCAAGGAGUCCGGGGCGUCAUAUCGCACCGAAGUCAGCUAUCUGGAGAUCUACAAUGAAAGGGUGAAGGAUCUUUUGGCAACCGACGCCGGACAUUCUCUGAGGGUCCGGGAGCACCCGAAGUUGGGACCCUACGUGCAGGACCUAUCCAGACAUCUGGUGUCGGAUUAUGAUGAUAUACAGGAGUGCAUGCACCGGGGCAACCUGCACCGCACGACAGCGUCGACGCAGAUGAACGACGUGUCGUCUCGCUCGCACGCCAUCUUCACCAUCACGUUCGUGCAAGCCAGCUACUUGCGCCACAACAACAUGCCGAGUGAGACAGUCUCCAAGGUGCACCUGGUGGAUCUGGCAGGAAGUGAAAGAGCUGACGCGACUGGCGCUACUGGUCAGCGGUUGGUUGAAGGGGCACACAUCAACAAAUCGCUGGUGACGCUAGGUUCUGUCAUAUCGGCACUAGCUGAGGCUACUCAAAUUGUUGACAGUCGCAACGCUAAGAACAAGAAGAAUGUUUUCAUUCCAUAUCGAGAUUCAGUGCUAACAUGGUUACUGAAGGAUUCGCUCGGCGGGAACUCAAAAACCAUUAUGAUUGCUGCGAUAUCUCCAGCUGAUUGUAACUACGGUGAGACGCUUUCAACGUUGCGGUACGCCAACCGCGCCAAGAACAUCAUCAACAAACCCACCAUCAACGAAGAUCCCAACGUCAAGCUCAUCCGAGAGUUGCGCGAGGAGAUUGACAAGCUGCGCGCGCAGAUAUCACACAAUACGGAUCAAAUUGAAAUGGAGCCAGCCGUACUUGCCACACUCCAACGCAAAGAGGCCCAGGAGAAAGUCCUCACUGAGAAGUGGACGGAGAAGUGGAGGGAAACCCAGCAAAUUCUACAGGAACAGAAGGCUUUGGGGCUGAGGAAGAGUGGCUUAGGAGUUGUUCUGGACUCUGACAUGCCACAUCUUGUUGGCAUCGAUGAUAACCUUCUGUCCACUGGAGUCACCUUGUAUCAUCUCAAGGAAGGCGAAACCUUGAUCGGCAGCGAAGAAUUCACCCCUACCCCGGACAUAGUCCUAACAGGAGCAGGGGUAUUGCCUCUACACUGUCGAGUCACAUUGAGGGAAGGCGUUGCCACCAUCACCCCAGCUUCUGGAGCACAGUGCUGGCUUAAUACAGUGCUGCUUGACAAGCCAGCUAAGCUCAGCCAGGGGUGUAUUCUUCUCCUGGGCCGCACGAACAUGUUCCGGUACAACGACCCGGCUGAAGCAGCCAAGCUGAGGCAAGAAGGCGCGUCGGUUAUGAACCUCUCUCGGCUGUCGCUGCUGUCCUGGUCCACCACGGAUCUAGCUGCCAGUACAGAGAACCUCAACACAACUCUGUCGGACCUUGAGAGUGAGAUAAGAUGCGAGCGUAUAGAAGCGCAGCGAGCGGAGCUAGAGCGAGAGAGACAACAAUUCGAGUUGCAGCAGGAAGAGCGGCAACGGCGCUGGCACCAAGAGCGCGAGCAGCUGCUGCAAGCGCAGCGGCAACUUGAUGAGGAGCGGUCAGCAAUGGAGAAGGAAUACGCGGCCGCGUGCAGACGUCUCUCCGGCGACUGGAGAACUCUAGAACGCGGAUGGACGUUGCGCCGCAGAGCGUUGCGUUGCCGUCAGCGGGAGUUGAGCGCGCGUGUCACGCGACACGCAGCUGCCGCGCGCGAAGUCAUCGACACCAUUGAGAAGGAGGAAGGGCAGAUCACGGACCUGCGACGCCGGCUGGGGGGGAAACAGGACGACCUUGAACAGUUCGUGCGGGAGAAGUUAAAGGAACUAGUUAAAAAUGGCUGCAAGAUUGACGAGAGCGUGACGCCGAGCCCUGACGACAGUCCGCCAUCGGAGACGUCUACGGAGAGCCUUAUGCACUUACUGCAGCAGUGCGAACCCAAUACUGCCAAGAGCAUCAAGGAGACUGUGGAAAGACAUAAAAAAGAGUUGGAAAGCCUGGAGCAAGAGCUCCAAGGUCGCGUGGCCAGCGUGGCGGCGCACCGCGUCAAGAUCGAGCGCCUGCAGAAAGAGCUGGCCGUGCUCGCGGCGCGGGAGCGCGGCAUCACUCGAGCGCUGGCGGACGGCGAAGGGGAAAUCGACAUGUCUCCCACGGAGGGAGUAAAGCGCAGCAAGUCGGAGUUAGUCCUUCGCAGUCGCACCGAGGUGCCCGAACCGCUGUCCGCUGACGAGAGAGAACACUUCCGAGACAAGAGACUCAGCCUCAGCCUUUCCCUAGAUCCGCUACCCUCCCCAAGCUCCUCCCUCAAUACACCGGAGACGUUCCACACCGCCACCUCCUCCCCGAAACACCAAUCCUCAUCUUCCGUCCCCACCCCCUCCACUACGGAGACGUCCGCGCUGCCGAGCGACCCCGCGCCCGUACCGCAGUUCCGCCUGGGCGUUGCCCCCGACGACAGCGACGACAUGUCCAGCACCGAAGACUACCAUAAGCCUCGAAUAGUGGAGGGCCAGUCCUCCAGUUCGGUCGAGAGGUCGCCGGAGGAACGGCAGCAGAGGACCAAGUAUAGGAGACGAAUAGGUGAAAGCAAGAAUAGACGCCAAGUGACAGAAGCGGAGGCCUUGCGCGCGAUGCAGAGGCUAUGCUCACGGAUAGCGUCGCAGAAGAUGCUCGUCAUAUCCUGCUUGGAGAACGAUUGCUCCAAGGAAGAGCUGAAUCGACAGAUCGCGGUGCUUCAAGAACUCCAAAAGAAAUAUGUCCGCUUGGAGAUGGCCCUCCAGUAUUCGUUCUUCGACAACCAGCCGAACAAACGCACUAUCAUGGUCACCCCCAUACAGGAGACACCGUCCCUGACACUCAGCGAGAGCGACAUGCAAGUGUCCAACGAGACCGCGCCCGCCUCGGACACGCAGAACGGACAUUUCGACGACCCACUACUCAGCAGGUUGAAAGAGACGGAAGUGGAGGCGUCCGACAACGUGUCGACGUCCAACGACGAGCUGCCGUCGGAGCCGUGGCCCGACCCGCUGCGCGCGCUGUGUGCGCCGACCCCGCACCGCACCGACCACGAGCACGAGCAAAACCAUCGACAGGACGCGCAACAUCCGCUUCCGGAUAACUCCGAAGGUCUCAUGCAUCCCGUAGACUUCGCGGACGUGGUGAGUUUGCCCGGCUGGGUGACUCGCGGUGCGGGCGCGCGCACGCAUCACGAGUACGAAGUGCGGGUGCGGUUGCCCAACGCUUCGUGGGCCUUACUGCGGCGGUAUCGGCGUUUUCGGGACCUCUACCUCGCUGCCAGAACUAGUUAUGGGGAAAAGGUGGCAGCGAUACCGUUCCCCGCUCGCACGCUAUGGUCGUCGGAAGCGCUCGCUCGCUCCAGAAGGUCGCAGUUGGAGACGUUCCUCAGAAGGCUACUAACAGUGUGUUCAGCGGACAGAAGGUGUCCGUUGUACGCGUCGCCUCUCACCCGCGAGUCGCUUGUCGCCUUCUCGCCCUUCUUCAGAAAGGGCGUGUUCGAGAGCGGCAAGUGCGGCACGGGAUGAUGCCGCGCGGAGCUGGUGUCGCGCGCGCUGCGCUCGGACGCGCGGCGCCUAGCGCGGCUGCUGCUGGCCGCGCUGCUGCUGCUGCUGCGCUGCGCCGCGUUGCUGCUGCUGCUGCUGCUGUUGCUGCUGUACCUGGCCGCCAAGCGCCGCCGGUAGGCCGCCGCGCCGAUACACCGCUCACUGGGGGAGGACUCAGUUACUGCUGCUGCUGUUUGUGGACAUAUUUGGGAGGACUGACAUUAUAACAAAAAGCUCUGUUCAAACUGAGGCGAAUCUUAAACGGGAUGCGGUACGCGGCGUAAAGAAAUCCGCUCGCUCGCUUAGCCUCACAAAUUUAUGGAUUUAAUAGGAAGCCAACGUUACAUACAAUGCUUUAAAUCUAUUAUAAACAUAAUCUAUAUAAAUAAUACAUUGUGUACACCACUUAUAGGCUAAAUCAGUGGCGUGCACUGGGUUUCUUACCAGGGUAUGCAUUGA